CUCAGCGCUCAGCGAUGUCUCAACCAAGUCUCAAGCAUCUUGCGUCUUGCUCUUAUCCCCCAUCUUUCGCCUCCAUCUCUUCCACCUCGUCUUCCUGGCUAUGAGGAUAUGAAGAAUGACCAUUCAAGGUCUCCUUGUUGCUUUGCUUGCUGCCGGGAUAUGCCUCGGAGAGCCCGUCGUCUCACCAUGGACCGCCAACCGCGACCUGUCUACGGAUGUCCAACUGCGCCGUGAUUCCUAUCGACUAGCACAAGGGUCAGCUGCGACGAACGGUUUGGACCUCUUGGAAAUUGUGUUGGUAGCUUCUGUGGACGGGAGGCUGCAUGCGCUCAACAGGACGUCGGGAGACUUCAUCUGGUCAAUGAAGACGGCUUCGGGCACGGAGCCAGCAACCCUCGGCCCUCUCGUGCGCACGAAGCACCCGGAAAUAGACCCGGACCUCACAGACGACGACUCUGUGCACAGAGAAGUCUACCUCGUUGAACCGCAGUCUGGCGACAUCUACAUCAUGUCUACCCCGGAUGGCCCCCUGCAGCGACUUCCGUUCUCUAUGCCUCAGCUCGUCGACAUGUCACCCUUCAGCUUUCCUUCGGAUGACGACCGGAGGAUGUUCAUAGGCCGUAAGGAGACGUCAUUACUAUUGGUAGAGCUGGAGACGGGGAGGGUAAGGACGAUGAACCAUGAGUGCCCUUGGGAUCCGUUCCAGGACCUGGCUGAGCCUGCAGAGUUCGGCCUCGACCUCGACGACCUUGAGGGCGCAGAACCGCCCAAGCGGGCUUCCAGGCCGACCGAAGUGUUCAUUGGGCGUACCGACUACCAUAUCUCGAUACACACUCGCCCUUCGCGGUCCUCAGCUAUCAGACCGCCAGUACAGAAUCUGUCCUUCUCCGUAUACGGACCCAACAACCAGGAUCUCGGGAUCCAGUCCGUGUACCGCCGCACCGCUGACAACGCGUACAUUCAACCCCUGCCAAAUGGCGAGAUCGUCUCCUUCACGUCCGACGUUGUACAAGGUGCCGACUCUGAUGUGGCACGGAAUACCCAUUUCGAAUGGGGUCGGGCAUUCUCCACACCUGUUGUCGCUGUCUUCGACAUCCUACGUUCGCCCCAGCGUUCGCAGCCUUUCGUGCUUCUACAGCCCCGUCUGCAUCUGGAGGACAUCCUCCCCUCCGCCGAGCUCCGCAAAGCAGCCGCACGUCAGAGUAUGCCAUUCGAUGCGGCCUUCGUAGGCAUCGUGGAGGAGACGGGCUCGCUCUACGCUAUGGGCCCAGACACAUUCCCCCUCGUCAUCUUCGGCGAUGCAGGCGUCGGGCGCUUCCUCGAUGCUGCGCCGCGGGACACUCAUUUCGACGACGAAUUCGGGCGCGACGGGGAUCUGCCGGGGGAUCUCGACUCCGUCACGCGUCGGGCGAAGGAGCGACGAAUGCAAAAGAUGUGCAGGGAGGGCAGCAACGACCUUCGGUGCCUCACGGGUGUGCGUCGACUAGAGGCAGGGACACAGUCGAGGUUCAGUAGACUGCUGGACGCUGCGCCGGUGGUGCCAUCCCCGCUGCCCGAGCGCAACAUCAGUGUCCACGCAGCAACAAGUCAGGAGAACUCCACGAUGUCAGCCCAGAUCAUCUUGGACUCGGAGCGUGUCUCAUCUCUGAGCGCGUCCACGUCCGCUCUAUCGGCCUUCGCUGUGUGUGCGUUGGCGCUGCUCAUCGCUUUCGUAUGGAUGGGCUUGAAGCGCAAGUCGGGCAAGCCGUCGAACCCCAUAUCCACUACCGCCGUCGAACCUGAGACGAAGGUGGGACCCGUUGAGAAGGACGCUCCUGUCUCGCCUACGCCGGCGAAUGGUGAUGCGAUGCUCAGCGGUUCCGCAACGGACGGCUCCCCGGCUCGAAAGCGUACCGUCUCAACAGCCUCUCGACCCAGUACGCCUCGCCCGGGUACACCUAUGAAGCGGCCGUCCACCAUUGCCAUCUCCGAGCUGGCAGCAGACCCGGACGGGGACGCUGUCGAAGGCGACGACAGUGAUAAGGAUGGCGAUGGGGAACAGCCGGCGAGGCGUAAGGGCGUACGUCGAAAGCGAGGGAGGAAGAAACGUGGCGGAGCUGGUGGUGUGGAAGACGACAAAGACAAUGGCGAUGAGGCGGCCAAUGGUGAUUCUCCCAACGGAAAUGCUAAGGACGAUGCUGGUAAGGACGAUGCGCAUGUGGUGGACCAGUCUGCCAUCGCCGCUCCUCCGCCAGCUGCGACAUCGGUCGAGCCGUCGCUUAUCGUGUCGGACACUGUGCUGGGCUUUGGAUCGCAUGGGACAGUCGUCUACAAGGGCUCUCUACAAGGACGUGCAGUUGCCGUCAAGCGUCUUUUGCAAGACUUCGUCACCCUAGCGUCCCGGGAAGUGACCGUCCUUCAGGAGUCUGACGACCACCCGAACGUCAUUCGGUAUUACUACCAGGAAUCUCGAAGCAACUUCUUGUACAUCGCACUCGAGCUCUGCCCAGCCUCCCUUGCGGAUAUCAUCGAACGCCCCGACGGGUACCACGAGAUCGUCGGCGCGUUUGAUCCCAAGCGCGCUCUCCGCCAGGUCACUGCCGGUUUGAGGCACUUGCACGCUCUCAAGAUUGUCCACCGAGACAUCAAGCCCCAGAAUAUCCUUAUUUCUCAUGCAAAGCGUGGCGCAGGCCACAGGAUGCUCAUUUCGGACUUUGGGCUAUGCAAAAAGCUCGACAUUGACCAGACGAGUUUCCUGCCUACCGCCCACGGUGCGUUUGGCGCCGGCACUGUCGGGUGGCGAGCGCCGGAGAUCCUGCGCGGCGAGGUGAAGCUCGAUGAAACCACCGGGGAUGACUCGCAAUCGGGCUCCUCACGAGGGUCCGUGGGCACACCGCGGACAGGCACACCGACGGGCAAGCCAGCACGCUUGACCAAGUCGGUCGACAUCUUUGCGCUGGGUUGUCUGUACUAUUAUGUACUCACGAACGGCGGGCACCCGUUCGGCGACAGGUUCGAGCGGGAGGCGAACAUCAUGAAGAAUGCGAAGUCGCUGGAAGGCUUGCAGUGCUUUGGGGAAGAGGGCUCAGAAGGCGCUGACCUGAUCAACCGUAUGUUGAGUCCAGAAGCAUAUGACCGGCCGGAUACCACUUCGUGCUUACUACACCCGUAUUUCUGGGAUCCGGGAAGGCGAUUAACCUUCCUCCAAGACGCCUCCGAUCGGUUUGAGAUCAUGUGCCGUGACCCGCGAGACUUCAACUUGAUCCUACUCGAAACGGGUGCUGCUCAAGUCGUGGGCACCGACUGGCACUCUAAGCUUGACAAGCUGUUCAUCGAGAACCUGGGCAAAUUUAGGAAGUAUGACGGCAAGGCCGUGCAGGAUUUACUACGCGCAUUGCGGAACAAAAAACACCAUUAUCAAGACCUCCCCGACAACGUCAAGCGCCUUCUCGGUUCUAUGCCAGAAGGCUUCCUUGCCUACUUCACCCGGCGCUUCCCCCUUCUCUUCAUACAUGUCCAUACUGUCGUCGCCAACUCCACUCUCCGCAAUGAGUCCAUGUUCCGCACGUAUUUUGAGCUAUCUGACUGAUCGCAUGCAUCAUCCUCUGGAACUCCUCAUCUCCGCUCGUCACUGAUUUAUUUGUCAUGCUGUAUUUCUAUGGAUAUCGCAAUGCUGUCUGUGCUAGUAUACAUUAGAAUGGACCUAUUGGAUCAUACAUAUUCUUGUGUGCGUGGUCAUUGGUUGUGGGAUA